GACUCCUCCGGGCAUAAUUAAAACUCAGACCCUGACCCUGUGCUGGCAUUCAGCCUCUCCUCAUUUUCACGCCAAGUAGAUUGUCAGUUGGACCUUUCUAGCACUUUAUCUUCAACUCAAUUGCUGUCAAAAUGCCGUGUUCGGAACAUGAUCCAACCCAUACCUUCCCUACGGAAGCCGGGACAACUCUCACGACGGUUUCUGCAACCGACCAGGAAGUCAACGCCACGUUGCUCGAGUCCAUUUUGAACCGCGACGGGGCCGUCAUUGUCAAGUCUCUGGUGUCGCAGGAGCUCUGCAAGCAGCUGAAGGAAGAUUUGAAGCCGCACUUCGACACUGAUCGAAGCGACGCUGCAGGCUUCUUCCCUUCAACAACGAAGCGAGCUACCGGUAUUCUCGCCUACUCUGAUGCUUGCGCUGAACUUGUCGUCAAUCCUCUAUUCCAGUCGGUCGCAAGUCGAGUUCUGGAUAGUAAGUAUACCUACUGGGAAGGCCAAAAGCAGUUGAGUGUCGUGGGAAAGCCGCAGAUCGCUAGCAUUGUUGGGUUUCGUGUUCAACCUGGAGGUACCCAACAAGCUCUUCACCGAGAUGACGCCGACUACCACACGAGAAACUGCGAUAUGCCGGUGAUGCUUGGUUGCGUGACGGCAUUGACGAAAACGACCAAGGAAAACGGCGCCACCAUCGUCAUUCCCAAGAGUCACCUCUGGGGACCUGAUCGGUGCCCCUUGGAUCAUGAAGCUAUCGCAGGGGAGCUCGAAGUAGGCGAUUCGAUGAUCUUCUUCGGCAAUGUGUAUCAUGCCGGAGGCUCUAAUACAACCAAGAACGAGGCGCGCGAGACUAUCGGAGUUUUCUUGUGCAAGGGAACUCUCCGCCAAGAGGAAAACCAGUAUCUUGAACUACCUCCUGAUGUCGCCCGAGCUAGAAACUUUUCGCCACAGCUGUUACGAUUGCUUGGCUAUGGAAUUUGUCCACCCGCACUUGGUCUAUACAAAUACAAGGAUCCAAUGGAACAGAUAUUUGGCGUUAUUGACGAGGAAACAGUUCGGAGGUAG